AUGGCAAAAAUCCUUAUAGCUUUGUUUGCUUUGUCUCUAAUUUUAGGCCAAACAAAUGCAGAUAUUCAGUGUAGUGAUGUUAUAUCAAAAGUGAGCUCUUGUGAAGGGUAUUUGCUAGGUAAAGUUGCAGCACCUAGCCCAAAUUGUUGCUUUGGAUUGCAAGAUUUGGCUAAAGUGGCUGAUGACUCACAACCAGAUCGUCAAACUAUUUGUCAAUGCUUUAAAGCUGCCAUGCAAACUUUCCCUGUGGACUUCCAAAAAGCUAAACAACUUCCUCAGAUUUGCCAUUUCAAGAGUACUAUACCAAUUGAACCCAAUGUUGAUUGCUCAAAGUAA